UCAAGUAGAAUAGCAGAACAUAAGCAAUAAUCACUAUAUUUACCUAAUGCCUAUAAUCAUGUUCGCGAAAAUUACCAGUUUAACGUUAUCAGCGCUAUUAAAUCAUGAGCAAUGAGUGCUAGCAAGAGCAAAGCGUUUUUGAGUGAAGUGAACUAAACUGCAUUAGAGUAGUUUAUGAUUAGGAAAAAAACUAUUGCGAGAGCGAUUAUAUUUUGGUAUAUUAUAUAAAGAAACUUACGUGUAAAACAGUGUGUGUAAUAGUGCUUUGUGUACUUGGGCAAGAAAAGUUAAAAAUAUGAAAGGAGGAUGACUUACGAGUGUUUAUGAAGUACAAGUGAUUGGAGAUGUAACACACUACGUAAUACUAAAUUCUGCUUACACGAGAAAUGGAUAUUCAAUACGAUGAGGAUCUCUCGAAAAACCUAUUCUAUCAAAAACUGCAAACUGAUCACCAGAUUUUUCUGGACACUGCACCAGUCGAAGGAUGGAUUAUAUGUGUGCCUCGAAGUGGUGCUAUGAACGAUAAAUGUGUCACUGAUCAAGAGUUUUUGUUGGCCCACAUUCUGGUCCCAAAUGAAGAACUGUCCGAAACGCAUUUCACCAAUCUCAACUGCGUUGAUAUUAGACGAAGUGCACGUCAAUUAAGCACGGGCACAUACAAGGCGACAAUCCUUUUCGAGGAGCUUUUCUAUACCAGAGAUGGCAUGAAGUAUAAAAUCUGGUGCAUAGAGAAUGCAUUAUGUGACACCAGACCGUAUGGCAUAGUGCAAGGCAACGAUUCGAACGAACUAAUCACAAUCAAAAGGCUGCAGGAUGCAGUUGAAUUUAUACGAUUCAUAGCCAAGCCACGAUUUGUCUUUUCUAAGAUCGAUGCGUGUGUACAGACAUUCAUCAACAAACAUACUGCUUUCAGUAACUGGAAUUUGAAAAGCUACAAGGACGAUGUUCAGAAAUUGUAUAUACAAUGCUUGGAAAUUAUCUUUCAGAACCGCAAACUGAAAGAUAGAUGUCAAAAAGAUGCCCACUUGAAGCAAAAUGUACGAGUAGCCAUAGAAACAUACAUGAUGGACAAACUGUACGAGCAUGCGAAAAAUGUUAUAACUUUGUGUCAACAAGAACAGGUAGAAAGUUUUAAUAAAACCAUACGGAAUUUGUCGGACAUUCACAUCUCGGAGUUGAAUCUUAAACGCAGCUAUGCUGACGUAAUACCCGCUAUUAAGAAGGAACUGUUGAAAAUAGACGAAUGUCGAACUACCGUUGAUAAGAUCAGCUGUUUAAAGAAAGCUUUCGAGAUUAUAACUCGGGAACAAGACCAUACGGUGGAGAGGAAAGACGUCAAAAUGCUGAAGACAACGGAUGAUGUAAUUCCAAUGUUGAUUUUUGUUGUUAUCAAAACUGGUUUAACCAACUGGAUCAUGAAUCUUACUUUCCUGAAAGAGUUCCAACUGAAUCGCUCGUUGUCCACCCAGCAAAAGUUAGACCAGUUUGGCGAGGAUAGCUACCUAGUAACGACUCUAGAAGCCGUUAUUGUCUAUAUUAGUUGCUGCAGCAUCGAAAGAACGCAACGUUUAGGUAUAGAACUUAUAUCAGUAGAACAGCUACAGAUGAAACCUUUUGCCGAAAUGAGUUUUCUCAACGCAGACCAGUUUCUGAACUAUCUGUUCACUCUUAUGAAGAACAAAGAGGAAGAAGAAAUAGUGAAGAUUUUUGAAGAGUUCAAUACCGGCAAGGCUUCUCUCGGACUAAAACAUAGAAAAUGUCACCCAUUAUGUAGCUGUAGAAAAUGUGAAGCAUUACCCUAUCAACCUAAUAUCGAUCAUCGCAAUCAAAAUGGUUUAGCAGCAAUCCAUCUAGCGGCUACCCUCGGAAGUCCAAAGUUGCUCACCUUCAUUCUAAAUUUAAAACCGAAUGUUGAUACAGUUGACGCGAAAAAUUGGACUGCUCUACACUACGCUGCUGCGAAUGGUCAUCAGAACCUGCUGUUACUGCUGCUCCAUGCCGGAAUCAAUAUCAACAGUACGAGCAACGAUCUUCACACAUCCCUCCAUCUAGCCUGCCUAAAUGGUCACGGUGGAUGCGUUAAAGCAUUACUAUAUUUUGCAGAACACAUGAAAAUCCAUGUCGAUAUCGACGCUCAAACGCAGCUCGGUCAAACAGCCCUGCACUACGCCUCGAAAUGGGGUUUCACAGACAUUGUUGAAACACUAUUGGAACAUAAUGCGCUAGUUAAUAUUGCUAACAGGGUUGGAGCCACACCGAUAAAGUAUGCUCACAACGUAAAAAUUGCCAAAAUGUUAAAUGAAGCAUCUAUCGAGCAACAAAAACGUCGCAAGACUUCCGGCGCUUGUCCCAUUGCUAAUGAAGAAUUUAUUUUGAUAUCCGACGAAGAUCUGUUAGAUGAUGAAACAUUCAUAGAAUACCGCAACAUCGAAGAAAUGAAACGAAUUGACAAAGCAGUUGCUGCAAUAGCAGCCCACGACACCAAACUUGCAUGCUUCUAUCUAGGUUUAGACGUCUUCCCACCCUCAACAUCAAAUAUUAAUGCAUCACCACCCAAGCACUACAUAUCGGAAAAAGUGUGCCACCCCCUUUGUACCUGUCAAAGAUGUCUCAGCGAAUCAGCUGAUUUCUACACUUUAAUCAAAAAACCUUUUGCUUCCAAACCCAACAGAAUCAAUCUCAAUGCAACCAAUGGAGAAGGUUACACUGCUCUACACAUUGCUGCUAUACAUGGAAACCUGGAUAUGAUCAACAUUCUGCUAGAUUUUCGUGUAAAUGUUACUGUUAGAACCAAGUUCGGUGCUACCGCCCUGCACCUAGCUUGUCGCGAACGCCGUGUAACGGUUGUCAAGCUGCUGCUAAGUCGUCGCAACCGCGAAGAACUUGUUGACCUAAAGGAUUGCCGCGGUGAAACUCCCUUACACUAUGCAGUAGAGCAAAAUCAGGUGCGCAUCGUAGAGCUGUUAUUGCGUGCCAAAGCAGACAAAAGUCUGCGCAAUCUAGCCGGCAAGCGACCGAUAGACAUAGCUCGCGAUAGACUUUUUUUUAACGCUGUAAACGUGCUGGAGAGAAAAUGGUAAACAUGUAGCUGUCUGUUAAAAAUCACAUAUCUGUAGCACCACCAUCAGUCGCCCGUAGCGGACUUUAAACACAUGUAUCGAUACUUCUUCCAAAUAUUAAUACCUAUACCUAUAUAAUAAAAUG